GACAGGAGCAGCAUCACAGGGCCAGCGCGCAGCAUCCAGGAACACACGGCCAUCAACCCCUCUCAGUCUUCUUCUCUCUGACGCUUCCUGCUACUGCAAAUAAGGCACCACACAGUCACCAUGAAAGUGGUACUCGUUUUUAUUCUGCUCUUUGCUGCAGUUCUCUGCCGACCGGCAAGAAAAUUUUCUGACAGUUCUGCAGAGAGCUCUGAAGAAGUGGUCAGACGACCUGGAGCUUCGCUUUUCCGGAAACAGAUGGCCGAAUUGACUCGAUUCCGCGUGGCACCAUUUAGGCUAUUCCAAAGGUUUUUAGCACCCAUUGUCGCUGGUUCAGAUGAGAGCACAGACGGUUCUGAUGAGCAGGCAGCAGUCGAGAGUCCAUCUUUAGUCAACUUUGAAACUACAGAUGAUGUUGCAAUUGACACGCCCUCCAUCGACAACCAAGAUGAACCAACUGAAGACAGCAAUGAUGAUGAUGAUGAUGACGUCGAUGAUGAUGAUGAUGAAUCAGAGGAAAGCGAAAGUGAGGAGGAAGAUGAGGAAGACAGCUCCGAGUCAGGCGAGUCUUCUACUGUCGCUCCUGAGACAGUCACCCCUGUAAUUGUGACCGAGGAGCCCCUGUUUGAAACCACAGAGGAGCCCCUGGUGCCCACUAUUGUCACAGAUACAGACUCAGGCCGCGGUGACAGCAUGGGACGAUACCCCAGCGAGUACAAGAGCUAUGUGUAUGGCGAAGAGAAGACAUACCACAAGGCUUCUUCACCUUACAAGUCCUAUGAAUACGUUGAAUCGGGAAAAAAAUCGGGUUAUGACAUGCCCGUUGUCAAUGAGGUGGAGAAGUCACCAGAAAUGUACAAGAGUGAGACUUACCAGGAGCACUCUGACCUAACGGAGGAGGAAACCAGCACUCCUGAGAACCAGGAUGUUCUUCCAGAGGAGGAGGAAGGAAGCGAUAGUGGAAGCUCCGCGGAUGUGGAAGAGGAAGAAGAGGAAUCUGAACCCGAGCAAAGCAGCGAGGAAGCUACAGCCACACCAGGAGCUGCAGACAGUGAUUCUGACGAGAGUGACAGCAUGGAGAGUGACUCAGAUGAGCACGGGAUGGAGCCUGAAUCCACCACUGACAUCCCGGUGGUCAUCACCGCCAAAUAAAUCAUCACAAAAGCAUCCCAUAGAUUCGUAUAAGAAGGCCAUGCCACAUUCUGGUGCAAUCUGUCCACUUCUGAGACAUUUUCUGCGGCAGGGACAAUCCAAGGCAACAAAUGCUUAUUUACUAUCAGCGAUUUACAGAGUCCAGAAAGCAUUUCUGAUCUUUCUGGCGUUAUUUUAUUCUUUGAUGCUGAAUUCUAUAUCUUGGCCCAAUAGGUACGGUUAAAUGAUCAAAUACCAAGAAUAAAAUAUGAAUCAGCACAAUACCGAGUUAAACCAAACCACGUGAGGGUUGCCAGAGAGUUUUAUUCAAAUAUGUGAUUGGUAAUCAGUUCAAGCAUCAUAUAUCUUCGAAGCUAUGUAUUUGCCUUGUGGGGGGUUCAUCUUAUUGCUCGCUAUAAAAUAAAAUCAGCUGGUGGUCUCAGUUCUUAGUUACACUACAUGUGGAUUUCCCCCCUCAUGUUUCCUGUAAUGUAUUAUUUUGUACCAUUUCUAAAGUAUAAAUAAAACUAUUUUACAUAAAUCCA